GAGGAUCCCGGGGCCGCUGGCGCUUGCUGCUGCCUGCCUCUUCCGGCUCCUCCCUGUUGUACGUGGGGCGCACAAGGCUGGGCGUUCGGAGCCAUCGCGGUGAGGACCAUGUUGCAGCCGAACAUCUUACUCACCGGUACACCAGGGGUUGGAAAAACUACACUAGGCAAAGAACUUGCAUCAAGAUCAGGACUGAAAUACAUUAAUGUGGGUGAUUUAGCUAAAGAAGGGCAACUAUAUGAUGGCUAUGAUGAAGAGUAUGAUUGUCCCAUUUUAGAUGAAGAUAGAGUAGUUGAUGAGUUAGAAAACCAGAUGAAAGAAGGUGGAGUUAUUGUUGAUUACCAUGGUUGUGAUUUCUUCCCUGAAUGCUGGUUUCAUAUAGCUUUUGUGCUGAGAACAGAUAAUGGUGUAUUGUACAAAAGACUUGAAACAAGGGGUUAUAGUGAGAAGAAACUACAAGAUAAUAUUCAGUGUGAAAUUUUUCAAGUUCUUUAUGAAGAAGCCAUGGCAUCUUACAGAGAAGAAAUAGUGCAUCAGUUGCCAAGUAAUAAUCCAGAAGAGCUAGAGAAUAAUAUAAAUCAGAUAUUGAAAUGGAUUGAACAAUGGAUCAAAGAUAAUAACUCUUGACUUAGAAGACAGGCCACAUGUCAAUCACUAUUGUUGAUAUUUCUCUGCCCACCUCAUAGAAAUUGUCCAAGUAUCAGUAAAACCUCUGUAUUAAAAUUGUGUUGCAAGAAUCACAGGUAGAUAGUAUAAAGGUUUAUUCCUGGACUUUUUUUCCUCCAUGAGAAAGCUAAACAAUCUCAUAUAUAAUGACUACAACACUGUUAAGGAUUGCAAGUAAAGACUAUCAUCAUUUAAUGCUUAAACUGCUAAAGAAUAAAUACAUCUGACCAAAUAGGUGAAUACUUAAGUUUAUUACAGAGAAAAAUGAAGAUGAUCUCUUAAAAUAAAACUUAAGGCUAAAGAUAAAACAUCAGAAUAUUCCUUAUUCUUUUUUCCUUUGAAAUAGUAUUUGGAGCUGGUAAUACAGGUACUUUGUGCUCAAUUCAAAAAGUACAAAAAAAUUGUAUACUAUGAAGUAGGUUUCCCUUUUGUAGGCCACUUCUAUUCCCUAGGUGCCCAGGUCCCCCCUA